UUAGUGUCGUCGACCAAUAAUUGAACAUUUCAUUUGUCGGAUAAGCGAUCUGCAUGUUUGAGAAUUAUAGUUAUCAAAUAGUUUAUUGACUAAAAAUAUGGUCCAUUAAAGGGAGGGACCUCGGAUAUAAAGCUAAUAAUAGGCGUUAGUCGACAUUCAGUUUCCUCACAAGUCUUCAGCAUGCAACUGAAAUUUAUUCUUUUAAUUUCUGUCUGCUUGGCUCUAUCCCGGGCACAACAGAGACAAAAACGGGGCUUCGCCAAUUCCGACUACUACCAACAACAAAACCCGGCAAGUCAAAUUCCAAUUUUACGCAUGGAGGUUAACAACGACGGCGAAGGAGCUUACCAAUUCGCUUACGAAACCGGCAAUAAGAUUGCACAACAGGAAGCUGGCGAUGGUUCCAAAACUCACGGGUCUUACGCCUACGUGGCUCCGGACGGUCAGCAAAUUUCGAUGUCUUACGUGGCGGACGAUACCGGGUUCCAUCCUCAAGGUGCUCACAUGCCGGUUGCACCUCCUAUGCCUGAUGUGAUCAAAAGGGCGGUCGAACAAAAUUUAGCCGACGAGGCCAGAGGCAUUUUCGAUGACGGUCAGUACAGGGAGAAUCAAGAUAAUUUACCAGCUCCAGUUUUGCCAGCGAAAUAUAGAGUUUGAACUAUAUUUUUUUAAGGUCUUUUGUAAAUAAUUAUGGGUAACGUGAAUCU